AUGGUUCAGUCAGUUGGUCAAGAAAGACAAACAACAACACAAUGUAUUAAUACUGAUCAGAGGUGGGAUCGUUUCUCUGAUCUGCCAGAACCGAUCAUUCACCAUAUUUUCUCCUUCCUUGAAAUGAAUGACAUUGCUCGAAUUGGUGCAGUAUCUAGAAGAUGCAGACAAAUGUUUAUCUGCAGCCCAUAUCUCAAGUUUAAAUUGACUUGUUCAUAUGAUGGUCCUCCGAAUUUGUGUAAGCAAUUUAGUGACCAUGUGGAUAGACUGCUGAGUCAGCGAAAUGGAUUGGAGAUACGCUGCCUUUGCCUUCACUGGGCUUGCUUCAAAGAUAAUUGUGAUGUAGAUGUAACUCUUAUUGAUAGAUGGGUUAAUGUAGCAUUAAGUUGUCAAGCUCAGGAGAUUGACCUUGAGGUUGGGUUAACCGAAUGUCCAUUCUUAGAGUUGGAGGAAAUUCCAAUCUUUGAGUUGCCCAAGUGUGUCUUUAGUUCCGAAACCUUGAGAGUCCUAAAGUUAGAUCUGCACCAUAAAUGUCUCAAAGAGCCUACUGGAGCUUUUGUUUUACUCGAGGACCUAACUCUGACGACGAUGGCAGGUCCUGAUUCUGAAAGGUCUCUGAAGAAAUUGAUUUCGACUGCUUGCCCAUCACUUAAGAGGCUAACUAUUGUAAAUCUGGAUGAUGUACGACACCUAAGUGUCAUUAGUCCUUCUCUUGAAGAAUUAACAUUGAUUGAUCUGCCAUAUAAUCUCUGGGUUAUUGAUAUUUCAACCCAGGGUCUUCAGAAGUUAUAUUUGGACUUGCAUUCCUUAUUUGCUGGAUAUCUAUGCACAAUGAAGAUUGAUGCCCCCAAUCUCCAAGAUUUGAAAUGGAAGGCUGCUACUGCAAAUAACAUUUACUUGAGUCAGUUCAGAUUUCUAAAGAAUGCCAAUAUCAGUGUUGGCAUUUCUGAUAGCUAUGUUGACGAACCAACCACUCGCAAUCGCAUAACCGAUCUUCUUCAGGGAGUGUGUUGUUCGAGAACUCUGCAACUUAACAGUGAUGUUCUGGAGGAGUUGAAGUUGAAGGCAUUGGAGGACUAUAAACAGCAUGGAGGAUUUCAUAACCUAAUUUGUCACCAACUGAAUGCAAUAGAAAUAGAGCUGAAUGGAAAAGGUCAUAAGGUUGGGUUUUUGAAAAAUAUGUGCAAGGUUGCAAAAGGCUUGAAGAAGAUGACCAUCUUUUACUCGAAAGAAAGCUACAAUUCGCUGUCAGAGAUUGGAUUGCACAAUUCUAGACUAGCAUCUCAACCAUUUGAAGUGAACUUAGUUGAGAAAUAA